GUUGGUUUUUGUGGCCAGGCAAAUCACAAAUUCCUUUCGUCAUGUUUCAGAUAUUUCUGAUAUUUGUGCGUAUAUAUUUUCACUACAAAAAUUAUACAAAAAAUUUUAAAAUGAAUCGCACAAAUUCAAAUGGAGGACCGGACCCACCACGGGACCUCAAUCUUCGAAGCCGAGCCAUUGUCCGUUCUAUCAGACGCAUAAAUCCAUUCGACAGAACCCGUCAAGCCGAACUGAUGACAGCCCUGGACCAGGAACGCAUCAAGAACCGGGAUCUUGCCGCAGAAAAUGAGGAUCUGAAGCUGCAGCUGCAAGAGCAGACAUUAAACGUGGCGCAACUAGAAAACAGACUGCAUGAAAUGCAGCUGGCACCCCGUACCGACCAGUCCGAGGGCGUACUCAUUCCCAAUUGCAUCAUCUGUUACGAGGGCUGGGACAUGUCUGGGCCCCAUCGCAUGAUUUCGCUGAAGUGCGGCCAUUUCUUUGGCGACUCGUGCAUUCGGAACUACCUUGGGAGAGGACGGUUGAAUUGUCCCGUCUGCCGCCAGACGGCCAUCACUUUUGAUAUACGCUAUAUGUAUAUUGAUAUUUAGUUUUGCUGUAUUAUAUUUUGAUUUUAUUGUGUAUUUUAAACAAUUUGCCACCUCUUGGAGCACCUCCAUGCCCCCA